GGAGGAUCCAAUUCUUUUUUAUGGUUUUCUUAAGAAUCUGAACCUUCUUUUUGUUGAUGAUGAUCCUUCACAGUAUUAAGCAGUCAAUCUGGGAUAAAAUUCUAGGGCAGUUCAUGGCUUCAAGCUUUCAAUACAACUCCAAUUCAUGACAGCAUUGAUAUUCCAUAAAUCACCUUCCCUUUGGGUCUUGAUCUCUGGCAGUUUAGGAACUAUUGCUUGCAGCAUGCUAGAACUUUUAGCCAAUAUACUUAUGGUUGUUUGGUCGAGAUUGUAAUGAUAUGCUGCUGGCCUCCGGGUUUGCAUUGUCAGCAGUGACCUCUGGGUUUGCAUUUGCGUUUUACUCCACCGUGAAAUAUGAUUUCAUCAUACAUCAUGUCAUUUUAUUUGAAAAUACCUUCUUAUGAGGCAUUCUUCCUGCAGGGUGUUUCUAAACAAAAGCUUCAAGUUCACUUGGGUUCCUUUGGUGUAACUGAAAAUCUUGCGCUUCAACCAAUGUGUAUCUUGUCUGGUGGUCAGAAAGGUAGAGAUGCGUUUGCCAAGAUAACUUUCAAGAAACCUCACGUAGUUAUGCUUGACCAGCCAUCCAAUCAUUUGGGUUUGGAUGUGGUUGAGGUGCUCAUUCAAGGUCUGGUCUUGUUCCAAGGAGGAAUUCUGAUGGCUAGUCACGAUGAACAUCUAAUAUAUGCAAGCGGUGGUUCCUCAAGGCAAGGUGGUGCUUUUCCAUGGGGAUUUUGAGGAUUUAUAAGAAGACACUCCAGCUCGUGUAGAAUCAAGUGAGUUCUGUUCUUAACAUCAGGAAAGAGCUGUUCUCCAUGGUCGAGUUACCUAAAAAAACAGAAAUUGAGGCUUAGCUACAGAGAUAAAGCAGAAAAAGACUAAGAUCCUGUCUCCUCAUAUACAGGACGUACUUAUAGUUGCAUCAGCUCUCGUUUGUCACUUAAUCAUAGGAUAUAUUCAGCAAAAAAAAAAAAA